GGGAGGCCGGGGGGCAAGGCGGCCGCAGCUGCCCCGGCGCCUCAGCCGCCCGCCGCCUCAGGGGACGAGAGGUUGAGGCACCUGGCACAUGUAAACAAGCAAACACCUAAAAAUCAUCCUACCGCUCUGUUUCCUACACCGUGUACUUCCCUCUGCUCUACCGCCUCUUGCUGAGAGUGCCUUCUCUAAACUUCCUGGGUUUUCUUUGAAGAGAAAAGAAACAGAACAUGAGCAAUGAAUCGAUGCUGCCUUACUACACAGCUGCUAGCGGCCGGGCGACAGGCAUGUUCAACACCUCCAUGGGGGAGCUGCAGCGACAACUGUACAAGGGAGAAUAUGAUCCGUUCAAAUAUGCCCCCAUGUUUGAAAGUGAUUUUAUUCAGAUCAGCAAGAGGGGGGAAGUGAUUGACGUGCACAACCGCGUUCGCAUGGUGACGGUGGGCAUCGCCUCCACCAGUCCUGUUCUUCCGUUACCGAACGUCAUGCUCCUGGCCCGGCCCAUCGCAGCCUCAGAUGAUCCACAACCCCCUAGCCGCUUCAAACACCGCAAGUCUGCCAAGACCCUGGAGCUCACCAGACUGCUUCCGUUAAAGUUUGUGAAGAUCUCCAUCCAUGACAGUGAUAAGCAGCAACUGCGUCUGAAGCUUGCCAGUGGUCGGUCCUUCUAUCUGCAGCUGUGCCCCCCAUCAGAUGCCCGGGAGGAUCUCUUUGCCUACUGGGUGAAGCUCAUUUACCUCCUGAGACCUCCCCUGGAGGCGUACAGCAGCACCCAGGACGGCCCGGUCGGUGAUACUAUCGAGGUGCCCAUGCUUACCACGGAGGAAAAGAGGAACGAGGAGAUCAUGGCGCCUCUGGUCGACGAUUUAAGCUACGGACCAGGGAACGAGGAUAGGGUGAGCCUCAAGAGCCUCCACAUGUUCCCAGAGGCCAUCAUCAGGGAUGAGGUGCACGAGCUAGACAUAGUAAGUUCAGCUGCCCCCAGUGUGGCUGGAGAGGAAGGUUCCCUGCGUCACCCGUUUGAAGAGCCAAGUGAGAAGUAUCCCUCACUACAAAGGAGCACUACCCUGAGCAGCCCGAAGGAGGAGGGAGAAGCAGAGGAUCCGAGGCAGGAAACGUGGGCCGAGCCACCCUCCGAUCUGCACCUUGGUCCAGAGAGGGAUCUGGGUGAAACCCUGGAAUACAAGAAGUCCUCUGUGCUCCAGCAGAGUGAUGUGUAUAGCCUGGAGGAGGAUGGAGCAAUCAAGAAACCUCCAUCCUUGAAGAGCCAAGGGUACGGGAGCGAGAAGGAGAGGCCCCUGGUGUCAUCUUUGAAGAGUGACGGCUACAUGAGCGAAAGGGAUGGAAGCCAGAAACGCUCCCCCCAUCAGAGCCGAAGGUUCAGAAGCGAUGAACGAUCCUCUGUCCGUAGCCAGGGCUCCAAAGGCCAGAAGGAAACCAGUCAAAAAUCCUCCAGGACGAGUGAGAAGAAACUAAGCAAGAGGUCUUCCUCUCGUUCGAAACGGAGCCAGAAGAGAGAGACCAGCCGCACCCCCUCUUCCCACAAGGGCGGUAGCCGCAGCCCCUCGGCCCACAAGAGCGGCAGCCGCAACCCUUCGACCCACAAGAGCAGGAGCCACGAUCCCUCCUCCAAGGAGUCCAAGAGCUCUCACAAAUCAGGGAAGAACAAAUCAACAAAAAGUUCAGAUCGCCUCAGUAAGAAGCCCAGCAAGAUCGGAUCCCUCAUUCGAUCCUUCUCCAAAAGCAGUCAGUCUUCGAGGAAGGAGAGCCAGCUGUCUAGCCGUAAAAGCAGAAAUCUACAAAAGGAGACAUCCAGAAGCCAAAAUUAGGGCACCAAGACCAAGGAUGUGGGGAGAUUCUAAUUGGAGCCGACACCAGCUGACCUAAGCACCCUGACAAAUGGGGAAAUUACAAGAGCUCAGAGUUCAAGAGUAAAAUGUGGAAACAUGGGGAAAAUCACAAGAUUUCCGAGUUGAAGAAUAGAAAUGUGGGAUCGUGGGGGAAACUUCUGAGAGCUUAGAGUUUAAAAAUAAAAUAUGGGACCCUGUUUAAACCA